CUCUUCAUUUAAAAUGUCAUGUUCGAAACUAGGAAACUUACCUGAAUUAACUUAUGAAGUUAUAAAAUAUUUGCAGAAUGAUUAUUCAACCUUACAUUCAUGUGUUUUAGUUAACAGAUUAUGGUGUCGUUUAGCGAUUCCAUUAUUAUGGGAAAAUCCUUUUUCAAUUCCUACUGAAAAUUAUAACUUUAUUGAAAUUUACCUACAUAAUUUAAAUGGUGAAUUAAAAACAAAAUUUAAUGAACAUGAAAUUAAUGAAAUUCUGUUACCUUCCAACACACUUUUCAAUUAUCCUAGUUUUAUAAAAUAUUUGGAUUUGUUGAAGUUUUCUACUUCUGUUCGAAAGUGGUUUUAUAAUGCUAAAAUUAUAAAUUUAAAAUUGGUAGAAGAUACUAAAAAACUAAUUACUAUAUCAUUAUUAAAAAUAUUUAUUGAAAAUGAAGUAAAUUUACAUACCUUUGAAAUUAAUAUAAAUAAUUAUAUCAUAUAUAUUGAAGAUAUUCUUGAGUUAACCUUACAAAAUCCAAAUUUCAUUCGAAAUAUUAAAAAUUUAAAAAUUUCUAUUUUAACGAGAUUUAGGAAUAAUGGUUCGCUAAUUGACAAUCUUAUAUUACAAGUAAUUAAAUUACAUCAAAAUCUUAAAAAAGUUAUAUUAAGUUAUUAUAAUCUUCCUUUUUAUCAAUCUUUAUUAUUAUCAAAAGAUUAUAAUUGUUCAAAUACUUUAAAUAUUAUCACAUUAUACCAAGUUAAUUUUAGCGGUAUAAAUAAAAUUUUUGAACAAUUAAACGUUUUAGAAUCUGUUCAUAUAAUUCAUUGUGAGAAUUUAAAUACUAGUUUUAUUCAACAAAUUCUUAAUUUAACCAAACCAUUUAAAUUAAAAUCCUUAUUCAUAAAUACAAUAUCAAACAUUGAUGAAUCAUUAUUAUUAUUAUUACAAAAAUCUGGUGGUUAUUUAAAAAAUUUCAGUGUC